AUGACGUGCUCACUAGUACCCUCCGAACAGUCUUCUGGUAUCUCUCUCUUACCUAAAAACAGUGCCACAUUUUCUUGGAGUUCUUUGGAUGAGGAUGAAUUGGAUGACUCCUUGCUGGAGCUGUCUGAAGGAGAAGAAGAUGAUGGUCAUUUCAGUUACACAGAGGAAGAGAUUGAGGAGUUAUUAAAGGAUGAUGAUGACCUAUCAAAUAAACAGUUUUCUUGGGGAAGAGGGUUACUUAAAAAUGACAGCAAGCAUGGUGAGAAGAGGAAGAGAGAAAGUCAAAUUCUACUUGAUGCUCCCCAAGAGAAAAAUUCAUUAUGCAGCUUGGAACCAGUAACUGAUGCCCCUGGCCUCUUCAAACUACCUCAGCUAAGUACAUCAAUUGAUCAUGGACCAACUCCUACUAAACCAUUAAACAGAUGCUUUGCACUAGAUAAGAAUGUAAAAAAAAUAACUGUUGCACCAUUUGAUCCAACAGUUAAUGAUGCUGUGCUUGAUAAUGACAAGAAUGAUUCACCCAAAGAUAUCAAAAAACCCUGUUUCCUUGGGGGAGAAUUGAGAGAAGAUAGUGUUAGCCCAGAUGAGAGCAAAUUUUGCACUAAAUCUGAAGUGAUCAGCCUCACUAAGUCUGCCGGGGAUGGGCCCACAUUUCUUUCUGCGAAAAAUAACUUUCAAGAAAUUGUAACUGAUAGAAAUAUGCUUAACAGUAAGAAACCUACAUCUCAGGUCUUGGACCAUUCAGAUAGUUCCUCUAAUAUGGGAUCAUCUUGGAGAAAUGGUGGGUCACAUCAUUCAAGUUGUGAGGUAAGAUAUCUGGUUGUUUCUAGUACAGAUAAUUUUGACAAGGAUUCUGGGAAGAUGAAAGUCCACCAGAGAAGACUAGGAAAAGUCAUUCCCGUUCUGCAAACCAAAAUAAGGGCCAAUGUUACAGCAUUUUCACAACCCGAACUAGAACAGAAGAAGCAGAUUUAUCUCAGGCGUGUCAUUGCUCAUGUAGAAGAACCUGUGGAUUAUAACCAAGGUGCCUUGGGGGAACUAUAUGCCUUGAUGAGCAAAGUGCAUCACAGACAGACCCAAAAAAGGCAGCAUCCUGCAGACCUCACCACUCGAAACUACUCCCGGUUCCGACAGAAAACACUGCAAAGAUACAGUCUAACUCAGUGGGUUGACAAGAACGAGGGAAAUCACCAUCGGUUCCAGCAUCUCCCAGAAUUCUCACACAGUCCAUUGGUCUCAUCCCAUCAGCAGUGA